AUGACAAGCGAAGCCACUGGUUUAGCUCAACGAGUGGAUAUACCAAGUUCAGCAAGCUCAGCAAGGAACAAUAGACAAGGUAUUGACUAUAAUCAUCCCUUAUUCCUUAGCCCUACGGAUGUGAGUGGUAUUAGCAUCAUAUCGUUUCAGUUGCAAGAGAGGUUUGACAGAGUUGAUGGGUCAAGAACUUAUAGUUUACACAAAGAGAUAGCCACUUUGCAACAAGGAACAACUUCUGUAUCAGCAUAUUAUACUAAGCUGAAAGCAUUGUGGGAUGAGUUUGAAGUGUGGGUGCCCUCACCUUGUUGCAAUUGUGAUAAAUCCAGAGGUUUUGUAGCUCACAUGAAUAGACAAAAGCUAUAUCAGUUUCUAAUGGGACUAAAUGACAUGUAUCAUCAAGCUAGGAGUCAAAUUCUCAUGAUAGAUCAUUUGCCUAAUAUCAAUCAAGCAUAUGCUAUGAUAGUAGGAGAUGAGAGUCAAAAGGAUGUGGUUACAAGCAUCAAUAAUUUGGGACUAUAUGCAUCAAAUUCAGAGUCAGUAGCUAUGUACUCUAGAGUUGGAAAUAGUUCAGGCAUUGGCAAUAGGUUUAAAAAGAAUACCUCCUUAAUCUGUGAGUUCUGUAAGUGUAGAGGCCACACAAAAGAGUCCUGCUACAAGGUGGUGGGGUACCCCCCAGAUUUCAAGUCAAAAAGGAGGGUUCAGAGUGCAAACAUGGUCCAUACAGACACUAAUAGUCUCACUAGUCAAUCUCAGCAGUCAGGUCAGGCUAACUUUUCUUAUGGUCUAAACACAAAUGUGUCUGAUGAAACAUUGUGGGGCAGAAGUAGCACAGUACAGCACACUGCAGACAAACUAACAACAACUACUCCUAAUAAAGCAGCUGAGAAAGAGGUCAAGCAACUACUUCAAGGGUGUACAUUCACAAAUGAUCAGUAUGAGCAAAUUCUUAUGAUGAUGAACCAACAAUCUUAUCCAAGAGCCAAUGCACCUGAGUGCAAUAAGGCAAACAAUGCAGGUGCAACAAACCAUAUGGUGUCUAAGCUGGAGAUGCUGCUAAAGGAGUCUGUACAUAAGUUUGACACUCCUAAGGAUGUGUGUUUACCAAAUGGUGGUACCACUCAAGAGCUUUACACUGGGAAGGUGAAGGAAGUUGGUAGAGAAGAGGGAGGCUUGUAUCUGCUAUGGAGUCAAUUAACUCAAGAUAAUGCAAGUAAGACUAAGGAUUUUGCCUGCUAUGUUGAUGCUGUUCAUCCAACAGACAAGGAAUCAGAUAUGGAGCUAUGGCAUAAAAGGCUAGGACAUUAUACUAAAAAUCAGUUUGGCAAGGUGGUCAAGGUCCUAAGGUCUGAUAAUGGUACUGAGUUUGUUAACUCAGUAUGUGAUGAUAUGUUCAAAGCACUGGGUAUUAUACAUCAAAGAUCUUGUCCAUACACUCCUCAGCAAAAUGGUGUGGCUGAGAGAAAACAUAGACACCUGCUAAAAGUAACCAGAGCACUCAGAUUUCAAGCUAAAAUACCUAUCAGGUAUUGGGAUCACUGUGUACUAGCUGCUGCCUACCUAAUUAACAGACUUCCUAGUAGUGUACUUGAGUUCCAUACUCCUUAUGAAAGAUUGUAUGGCAGAAAACCAGACAUAUCUCAUUUGAGAACAAUUGGCUGUCUAGCCCUAGCCAAGAACCUCACUAAACAUGACAAACUCAAGCCUAGAUCAAGAUCAACUGUGCACAUGGGAUACUCUGAAGUGCAGAAAGGCUAUAUUCUGUUUGACCUGCACAAUAACACAUUCUUUGUUAACAGGAAUGUUUCCUUUAGAGAAGACAUAUUCCUAUUUGCCAAGGAUGAUGGUUAUGCAACACAGCAUCUGUUUGUGGAUAACCUGCAAGACCUAGGUGAGACAGCUCCACAACUUCAUCAUCUGUCUCCAUUCAUAGUCUCAGGUACUUCUCCAUCUGUAUUAUCAGAAGAGGCUACAUGUGUGCAUCCAGGUGGUGAUGAGCAAGGCUGUGUGCAUACACAACCACACACUGAUGUAAUUGAGUCUGAUGUGUCUGAUCCAACUAUCACUAGAAGAUCUACCAGGUCUAAACAUCCUCCCACAUGGAUGAAGGAUUUUGUCUCCUUAAAUGUUAAACAGGAUGUCCAAUAUCCUCUGUCCAACUAUGUAAGCUACUCUCACCUCUCACCUUCUCAUCAGAACUUUAUUGCAGCUGCAUCUUCUGUGAUAGAACUUACCAGCUAUGCUGAAACUGUCAAACAUCCCAGAUGGAUUAAAGCUAUGAAGACAGAGAUUUAA